AUGCUAUUAGAUGAGUUGGACAAGUUUGCAGAGGCGAAAGCGAAAGAAAUACCUCCUGCUGUUCCUCCAGUUGCAAAAUCUGACGAUAAUAAGUAUCACGAUGUACGCUUACCCAAAAUUAAUCCUCCGACUUUUACGGGUGAAUAUCAGAAUUGGCGUUCAUUUAGAGAUCAAUUCGUUUCUUUGGUCCAUAGCAAUAAAUCACUAACAAAUAUAGAAAAGCUUCAUUAUUUAAAGUCAUGCUGUAAAGAAGGAGCAGGCAUUUUGCUCGAACAUAUAAUCGUAGAUGAUGCUAGCUAUGAAAAGGCAUGGGAAUUAUUAAAUUCACGGUAUGAUUUUAAGAGAAUUCUUGUUAAUAACGAGUUAAAGUUGUUUUAUGAAUUACCAGUAAUUCAUGAGGAGAAUUCGAAAGGUAUCCGCGAAUUGUUGGAUAAUUCAACCAAAAUUUUACACGCCCUCACAAACCUAGGACUGCCAGUCCAACAUUGGGAUGCAAUCAUCAUUUUCAUGCUUUUAAAAAAGCUUCCAUCAACAGUACAAACGAAAUGGGAAGCAACACUUGGAACUAAGAAAGAGAUACCCACUUAUAAGGAAUUUUCGGAUUUCUUAGAGACAAGAUUCCGAACACUGGAAAUGGUUGAUGAGCAACAAAAUGUGAAAUCAACCUCAACACAUUAA